AUCAGUUAAUGACAGAUUUAAAUGGAGCAUUAAAAAAGUACUCCAUUAUUUCUCUGUGAAAUAAUUAAUUAAUUAAAUUACAUAUAAAAUGUAUUUUGUUUAUUUUCCUGUGCAGAGCAUGAAACAAGGACACUGGUAUCGUAAUGAGCUAGAAAUUAAUAGAUACUACUCAGCAACAUGGGUUUUUCUUCCAAUUGGAUCCAUGUUUAUCACUGCUUUGAUAAUAUUACUCAUGAUUUUAUUCAAUAGAUGUCCUCAAACUAUUGCUGGAUUUGCAACUGGAGUAUUUGGUAUCAUAACUGUUUUCAUUGUCAUACUUUUUUUGGAUGAAAAACCAAUUUAUAUUUAAUUUU